ACAGAACAUACAUCCUAACAGCACAUUAACCAAUCAAGCUCCCAUUGGUGAAACUUUAAAUAACAGACUGAUAAUUAUAACACUAUGGAAUAAUUUCAGGAGGAUUAAAACCAAUGAUAGGCAUUCAUCUGAUACAAACUAAUUCCGUGAGAACAAAACAACAUUAAAUAUUUAUACUUUGGAUUAUUCAAUAUAAUAGAGUUCUUCAUUUCCAGUGCAUGGAACCUAUAUACAAAUUGAGAUUGUAGCAGGUGUUUUAAUUGAUACUCAACUAGAUAAUGAGACAUAAGUAUUGAGAAACUACGUGUGUUACUUGGAAUAGCAUGUGGAGAUUAUCAAUGAAGAAUAAGAUGAGCAUGUAGAAAAGGGCUAAUUGGUUUCUUACGGAAUGAGCCAUAAUACCAGAUACAAGAUAAUACACCUGAUGGUGAACUUAGUAAACUUGUAACAGGUAUACUAGAUAAUGAUAGAUGACAAACAUGUUUAAUAGGGGAAAAGGUACAAGAAAUAUUGCACACUAAUUGGUCAUGCAAUCAGAUCUAAGGGAAUACAGUAUUUUUAAAUGCUUGAAGUUAGACGAGGACAAAGGGAUUAAUGAAUGAGAUGUAUUCUUUUGAGCACACCCAGGGGAAACCUUGACCAAUAUGAAUGGCCAAACCUAAGAAUCUAUUCACAAACUUAAUUUUCCUCACAUCAACUAUAUAUCACUCAGAACGACAAACACAUGGGAAUAAUCCUCCUGUAACAACUUUAUUGGAACCAACGAAAUAAGCAGAUUUACACAUCAUCCUGAACAAUUUUCUAAAAGUGUAAAGAAGAGAAUACAAAUAAAGUAUUUCUUAAAUUACCAAAGAAUCAAAUUAGCACUUAGGUAAUGUUGAAGCAAUUGGAUUGAUACAAUUGUCUGCAACUCUAAUGGGAGAUGAAUGUGAUGUUAAAGACAAUGUGGAUAAUGAAACAGGGAAAGAAGAUGUUAAGAAGGAUGACACAGGUGUGAUAGGACAGCCAUGUCGUUUUGUCAAACAUGGCUCAAAAUACUCUAUCCAGAUUUAAAACAGACAGGCCCUAUAAGAGGAGGAACUACCCCAAAUCCUCUAAGCACAUCUGGGUACUAUACAAACAGUACCAGGGAGUAUGUAUCAGAAUGUCCCACUGAACUGACAGGACUAAUUGUGGGAUAUGCCCUCCUUGCAUUGUUCCUUCUCUCCAUGUUCUACUGUGCUAUGUGCUACGAACAAGGCAAGAAAUCCAAGACUACAAAUCAAGACAUAGAAAAAGGAGAGUAUGGGGGUGGGGGCUUUAAUAAGCAUAAUACUCUCGGUGACAGCCUAACUGCUACACUUCUAUCAGACAAAUAUUUAGAUAGACGAGCAAAGGAUAUGCUCUGCGCCCAGAAACAUUUAGAUCCAAAGACAGCAGCUUUAUUCAGAGCUAGUUCACACCAUCGAAGCGGAAGUAUUAAGUCUAUAAAGAGUAGUCGAAAUAACUCAUUGAAAAGAUCAGACAGCCGGAAAAGCCGCGGAUCUAUCAGAUAUCACCAUGCUCAUCGCCCCAGGAGGAACUCAAGGAAUCAAUACACAAAUGACCCAGUUGAUCCUUUUACGGAGAUCACCAUCGAGAUUCCCCCAUAUACCCCACUACAUAGAAACAUGGUGGCCCCAAGGGCAAUGGAGGAAUGCUGCACCAUCAGUGAUGAUAUCUCUUUCAUCUAUUCAGAAGGAGAUUAUGGCAAUGACAACACAUUAGCAUGUGGCGAUCCCAACUUAUGCUACAACUCAAUAGUUGAUAUAUGCAACAACAAUGACACUUCUUAUCAGCAGAUUGAUGAGACCUCAUUCAUUCUACCUAGAGAAAACUCAAAUACCAAUUCCAAAAAGUGCUCUAAAAAUACCAAUUAUCAGGAGCCUGGGGUACCUUGCAUUAGCGCCACUAAUAUAUCUUCCCUUCCCAGUGGCAAUAUAUUACUAGACAAUACACGUCAAUACAUAUCACCCAAUCCAGGUUUACCAAUACACCCAGGCUAUUUAAAACCAAAUAGGAAAGCUGUAGACAAAAGCGACAAUAACACCACUGUUGAUGAUUCUAUGCAAGAAUAUGCAAAGAUAAACAAUGCAGAUCAAUUAACAGAUAAUGUUGGUGACUUAGAAUAUUUAACGCCUUGGUUCAAUGAACCAAGUAAGAGACAUUCCAAUGAAGAUAUGGACUCUAUAGGUCACCAAAGCACUGAUGGCCUAAUCACUGUCAGCAGUGACCAUACUGAUACUGAAGAUGCUGAACCUGACACUGGACCUCAUAUAGUUAUAGAUCAUGUGAAUAACAAUUCAACAGAAACCUUUAGCUUAGAUAACAACUCAGAAGGCCCAGUAAUGAUUCCUAAAUGCUCAUGUUCAUUGAAUCCUGAUUCAGCCACAAAGUUGUCCAAACUCAGGGCUCAAGGCACAAACAGUGGCUAUGGAUCACUCCCUAAUGUGAUUGAUAACAACAUUACUACCUUAAUUACCCUUGAUGUAGACAAUGUGUCUGACUCAACUCUACAAAUGGGACAGACCUCACCAAGCAUCAGGUGUUCUACAUGUCAAGGUAGCCUCCCAAGUAGACAAGGGCUCAAUUUAUCAUCUCCCCCUCAAAAUGCACUCAUCGUACCGGAAAUUCAUACCUCGAACAGACGGCAUUCAUUUGAUUCAGCAUGCAUAGAAAAUAUUGCAAGACCUCGACCUAAAAGCUCUAGUUCUUUCGCUGUUGAUGAGGCAUUAAGAAACUUAAACCCUAAAACUGUGAUUAAACUCUUUCCAGUUGAUGGAAUUAGAACCAAUGGAUUAUACUCCGCCUCUCUACCAAGUAUAUCUGUAGACUCUGAUGCCAUAACGUCACCUGACAUAUCACAAUGUGACAACACCUCCCCUGACAUUUCCCAAUGUGAUAAUACAUCCCCAGACACUUCUCAGUGUGAUAAUGAAACAUGCAGUGGGGGCAGUGACAGUGUUAAUGAAAAUCGUGCACUUUUGGAUCCCUCAUCGCAUGAUGAAUCCCCUGAAGGCUUUAUACCUUUGCAGUAUCCUAAUAAAAAAUCGCAUAAACCCAAACAAAGAACUGAAUCAAAACAGAAGUUACUCUUUAAUAAUAUUGAAUAAAGGACACAACUAUAUCUAGUAUGAAAACUUUGGGCACAAUUUUAAUGAAUCAUUGCAAAAUAAAUAUAUUGAGCACAACAUAAUCUUUUCUUCAGAUGCAAAUAGCUUUUGAAUAUCAUUCUUUGCAAGAGCAAUGUUCUAACACAUCCUCAAAAAAUGUUUAUAUGCAUAAU